GUUGUCAGCUUUAUACAUAUCAAUUAUUUCUCCUCAGUUUCAUCACUAACAAUUCUUGACAGAAAUCUUUGAUUUUGAUAUAGCCAAUUAGAUUUUACUUUUAUGUAAUGCUCUGUGUAGCUUGUUUAAGUAUUUCUCCAGGGGCUGGCCUAGUGGCACUUCAAGUUAAGCUGCUGCUUGGUACACUAUAUCCUUUGCCAGAGUGCGUGGGAUUUAGUCUGUCGUCUGCUUCUGAUCCAGCUUCCUGCUAGUAUACCUGGGGAGCAGCAGCAGAUGACUUGAGUACCUGAGUCCCUGCCACCCAUGUGGGGACCCAAAUGGAGUUCCUGGCUCCUUGUUUUAGCCUAACUCAGACCUAGAUGUUCAGACAUUUGGAAAAUCAACCAGCAAAUGGAAGAUUCUCUCUCUGUCUCUCUCCAUCUCUCCGCCCCCUCUCACUCCGUCUCUGUCUCUUUCUCAGCCUUCUUCUUUUUCCUUCUCUGUCAUUUCACUUUUCAAAUACAUAAAUAAAUCUUAAAAAAAUAAAUAGCUACUCAUCUUAAGGUUACAACAAUACUAUCUGAUAUUUGCUUCUCUUAACUAUAUAGUUUUCCUUUUCAUAAUUAGAGGUAUAACCUACCUGGGCUUCACUUUUGUAAUCACUAUGAAAUAAGAACCCAUUUUUUUCUUGAUUUCAAGAGUUUAGUUUGGACCACAUAGUUCUUGAUUUUCUGUAACCCUUAUACUCAAUAAAUAAUUUACUAACUGUCAGGAACUUCUGCAUUUUCUCAGUUAAUAUUUUCCUCUACUUUUCCUGUCUUUUAAGUCCUCACAUUAAAACACAACCUUUGCCCUCAGGUUUUAAAAGACACAUGAUGGCCUCAGGACUCUGCUGUCAGAGGGAAUAUGAGUCUUGCAAUUCAGGAAUAUGUAGCCUACCAAUGUUGGUUACUGCCUGUGCCUUUUGUGUAACUGGCAGAAAGACACAUGCUGUCUCAACACAUGAGGAUCAGAAAGGAGACAAAAUUACUCAUGUUUGUGAAGGUAAGAAAUUAUGACAUCAACAUCCAAAGGAAUUCUCCGCCCAUUUUUAAUCGUCUGCAUUGUCCUGGGCUGCUUCAUGGCAUGUCUGCUCAUUUACAUCAAGCCCACCAACAGCUGGAUCUUCAGCCCAAUGGAGUCAGCCAGCUCAGUGCUGAAAAUGAAAAAUUUCUUCUCCACCAAAACGGAUUAUUUUAAUGAAACUACUAUUCUAGUGUGGGUAUGGCCAUUUGGGCAGACCUUUGACCUUACAUCCUGCCAAGCAAUGUUCAACAUCCAGGGAUGCCAUCUCACAACAGACCGUUCACUGUACAACAAAUCUCAUGCGGUUCUUAUCCAUCACCGAGACAUCAGUUGGGAUCUGACUAAUUUACCUCAGCAAGCUAGGCCACCCUUCCAGAAAUGGAUUUGGAUGAAUUUGGAAUCACCAACUCACACUCCUCAAAAGAGUGGAAUCGAGCACCUCUUCAACCUGACUCUGACCUACCGCCGUGACUCAGAUAUCCAAGUGCCUUAUGGCUUCUUGACGGUGAGCACAAACCCCUUCGUGUUUGAAGUGCCAAGCAAAGAGAAGCUGGUGUGUUGGGUUGUAAGUAACUGGAAUCCUGAGCAUGCCAGGGUCAAGUAUUACAAUGAGCUAAGCAAAAGCAUUGAAAUCCAUACUUAUGGGCAAGCAUUUGGAGAAUAUGUUAAUGAUAAAAAUUUGAUUCCUACCAUAUCUACUUGUAAAUUUUAUCUUUCUUUUGAAAACUCAAUCCACAAAGAUUACAUCACAGAAAAGCUCUAUAAUGCUUUUCUGGCUGGCUCUGUGCCAGUUGUUCUAGGGCCAUCUAGGGAAAACUAUGAAAAUUAUAUCCCAGCAGAUUCAUUCAUUCAUGUGGAAGACUAUAACUCUCCCAGUGAGCUAGCAAAGUAUUUGAAGGAGGUUGACAAAAACAAUAAGCUAUACCUAAGUUACUUUAACUGGAGGAAAGAUUUCACUGUAAAUCUUCCAAGAUUUUGGGAAUCACACGCAUGCUUGGCUUGUGAUCAUGUGAAAAGGCAUCAAGAAUAUAAGUCUGUUGGUAAUUUAGAGAAAUGGUUUUGGAAUUAAAGCUUUCCAUUAUUUGCAUACUUGGUAAAAUAUUUUGAUGAGAUAUUAUCCAAGUUUUGAGGAUAAGAAGAAAAACAAUGUUCUUCUUUUAUGUCACGAUUUAUUUUUAUCAGUCUCUCUUGGGUAACAUGUAUAUUUUAUUGGAGAUUUUGAAGAGCUCGGCAUUAGCAAUCAUUUCAUUUGAUUUUAAAUUAUCCUGUAUAUACCUAAUUAUGUGCACUGAAAAAUAAUUUAUUCUUCAUUAUCGUUUGUAAACAUUGUUUUUUCACAUUUCAUAGUUGUCUGUAAUGUAAAUUGUUAUUUGAUUGUUGUUUCUACACUGAUCAGCUGUUUAAUCUAUUUGAGAAAUGAAAAUACACAUCUUAAAAUAUGAAAGAUUUUCACUAAAUAUUAUAAUCUAUAGUUCCAUGUUUGCAUAAUAUAACAAAGAGAGAAUGUAUUAUAAUUGAAUUCUAACUUCUUUGACUUCAAAGUCGAACAAUGUGUCAAAUUGUCGGUAAUGGAUCUAUGUUUACAUAUCUACCACAUUUGUGAAGGCAGAGUUCACAGUGAAUGAGAAGACGUGAAGCAGAACAGUCUUGUCCAGGAAGCUUUUAGGUUUCCCAUUUAUUUUCAUUAAGUCGACUUGCAAAGGCAGUACUUAUUCUCAUGAUCUUAGGUUAAAUUAUUUACCCAUCUUUAAAUGUCUAAUUUGUUGUAACUUUGCUACCUGGGAAAUAAUAUGAAUAACACUUGAGAAAAUUUAAAGUAUUGCUUGAUAACACUUACUGUAAUAAUAAAACAACUCAACAAAAAAGAUAUCUAUAGGCAUAAACCAUAUUUAUAAAUGUACCAUUUAUGCACAAUUUUAAUUACUUAUCAAUUGAAAGUAUUUUUCUGAAGCCCCAAGAUUUAAACAGUUUGAUUUUACCAUAUGAACAAAUAAGUAUAGCAUUUGAGAGGUAUGUCCUCUCAUUUAUGAAAAACUUAAGUAAAACUAUUAUCAGAUAAUUGUCUGCACCACUUCCCUACAUAUGGUUAAAGAAGGGAGAGAGACAAUAACUCAAAAACAUGUCAAGAAGCCAAGCAUAUGAGAAUAUAAUCCAAGAUAUUAGGUGGGAAAAGCCAAGGUGUUUUCAAGGAAAACACUCCCCAAAAGAAUCUGUAUUACUUUUAUUCCAUUCUGCCCAUCAAAAGAAUGAGAAUGUUCUGAUGAUAUCUAUAAGGGUCUAUCUGUAACUAGUCCUGUAACAUGUUGAUAUCAGCAGAACUGAAACCCACAAUCUUCUUCACCAAAUAGAAAUUUGAGAGAUAAAUUUUCAUUCAGUAAGAGUAAAGCAGGCCCAACAAUGAAGACUGCCUUGUGAGAGGGAUUUCUUCCUAGUACUGGAAGAAUUAGAGCAAAGGAAAUUUCUUUCAUUGGAUAUAAAAUUGUUUGAUUCCCAAGUUCAUUUAUUUAGCAGUGACCAUACAAUUAUUCAGUGUCAGGCAGUGCCAACCAUAGUCAACACAGAGAUGAAGAUGAGCAAGAUAAUAUUGCUGCCUUAAAGAAGUUAACGAUUAAAUGGAGAAAGAUAUGAAAGUUUCCUUUCAACUAGAGCCUGAGUCUAUGUUUAUGCUUAUACUUAUACUACUCUCAGAGGAGUAUAUAUGGGUCACUGUAGGUGUUAUUUUAAAAAAGUAUCAAAUUUCUCCAAUUGCUUAGCUCUUCACAUGUUUCUUAGCUGCAAACUUUGUCUACUCAUUUGACACAACAUAGAUGUCCUCCGUAUUAUCUCUUCUAACCAAAGUGCAACAAGAAAUACAACAUAUGUCUGCAUAGUUGCCCUCCUAGAAAAGUAAAGCUCUCCACUCAUGUUUAUUAUAUUGUCAAAUUGUUAAAUAGUAAAUUCAUGUGAUUAUACUUACUUUAUCAUUUUUUAGCCUAUGAAGAAUAUAAGGAUUUAAAGAGGAUUUAUUGCAAACAAGUGUAGAAAGCAUCUGCUGUCUUUGAAAGUAGAUAACCUGUCAGUAUCUUUUCAAUCUGCCUUUUCUAUAUGGAGAGAUCUGAGGGCAGUUGCCUAUGUUGUUGAAUCUGGGCUUUUUCUUGAACUAUGAAUAGGAUUAUAUGCUGAUAAUAUGACCCAAAUCAAGGAAAUAUUCCUAAGUGUUUAACUGGUGCAUCUGUAAGUGCAAAACCUGUUCCCAAGGUCCUGAAGCAUAAGUUUUCUGAAUUUGAAAUGUCAAAAUGAAAGAUUCAACUGAAUCCUUCAGUCUGGGCCCACUGAUCUGUGAGACAGGGUUAGAAGGAACUAUAGCAAUGCUAUAAAUAAUUUGUUCUUUCUAUUUAUGAGUUAACUAUAUUCAGAGAUAUUAUUUAUUCAAGAAACACAUUCACACACACACACACACCCCAUGCCCUACAGCUACAGUAGGUAAGAUUAGCAUUUAAAGGCCAUCUCUCUCUCUUUUUUAUGAGAUUCAUUUAUUUAUUUGAGAGGCACAGAUACAGAGAGAAAGACGGACAGAGAUACAAAUAGAGAGUGAGAUCUUCCUUCUGCUGGUUGACCCCCCAAAUAGCUGCAAUUUGCGGAGCUGGGCUGAUCCUAAGCCAGGAGCCAGGAUCUUCCUCUGGGUCUCCCAUGUGGGUGCAGGUGCUCAAGCACUUGGGCCAUCCUACACUGCUUUCCCAGGCCAUUAGCAGAGAGCUGGAUCAGAAGCAGAGCAGCUGGGACUCAAACCAGCACUCAUAUGGGAUGCUUUACCUGGUACACCUCAUGCCCUAUCUCCCUUAAUACAAAGUUCCUUUUCAUUGGAUUCCAACCUCAUCAUGGAAGUAUAUCUAGAUUCCUAUAAAUGUGAAUGUCUUAUUGGCAUUUUUUUGGAAUCUUUAGAACGAUACUCUGUGUGGAAGAACUUUGGCUUUGGAGGUAUACAGGAAAUAAAACAUUAAACUUGCUAGCAUUCUUCCUGGUUUAAAUAGUGUAAGAGCUGAGCUUUCUCAGAGGAAAUGGGUUUUUAUUAUAUUUAAGUUAAACAUGAUUUUCAAGAAGGUGCAUAGUUCUUAGCCAGUCCCUUAAUAAAUCCUGUGGAUUGCAAUUCUUUCUAAGGAUGUCUCAUGUGAAAGAUACAUUGAUUCAAUAAAAUAGUGGUUAUAAGAACAAAAAUUAUUCCUGGGGAAAUUUGUGUAUAUAAAAACAGGGCAUUGAAAAUGUUUUAUUUUGAAACAUCAAAAAUGUUGCUUAUAAUGUUCUAAAUAUCUAAAUAUUAAUUAUUAUAGGCUUUACUAAUAAGACUAUACUGAAUUGUCAAAACCUGCAGUAUUAUACUCUGAAAAAGAAAGAUGUGACAAUCAUAUAUUUUAUGACACCAUUAAUUUGACUAUAUAAAGAAGUAUCUGAAAAAAAAACUUAGUGGGAAGCUAAUAUCAUCUUGAAAUUUUUAUAUUUACUGUAAAAUUUCUGAUAGUACUAACAUGUGCAGACAUUAUUUCAAUUGUGAGAAUUUAGAAAGUUCAGAGCAUUUAAAGUGUAAAGCAACAGAAUGUUUAGGAAAUUUAUUGCUGAGCCUUUAAAUACUUGCCUCCAAAUGGAGGCUAAAUAUGAAAAGAAUAGGAAAUGAUACUACUGAUAUAUAUUUUUUGCCUGUGCAUUUUCAAACUAGAUUCCAUGAGUCUUAAGGUAAUCACCUAGAAAAUGUCUUAUUUUUCCUUAAUUAAUAUGUUACUAAAACAAGUUUUAGUUCCUUCCAUUAUGACUUUGUGCUUGAUCAUAUCUUUGAGUUCCCUUCAACUCUAGUCUCCUUUAGGGAAACUUCCUAACACAUUAUAAUAAAGCUCUUAAAUCACAAACUUCAGAAUCUAAAGAAUAAGCUUGGUGCCUUCUGCAGAGAAAGUUCUCAACAAACAAUUGUUGAGUGAAUAAAUGAGUGUCAUUCAUAGUCAUCAAAUUGCUUUGGCUAAUGUAGUGACAGUACCAACUUAUUGGGACCAAUAGGAGGUUUUUUAUAUUUAUAUGAUUGUUCACUUUGCUGCCUGCAUGCAUAAGGAAGCCAUUGUUUACUACAUGCUAAGGCCCCAAAAGAACUAAAACUGCAAGAAAGAUUUAGAAGAUUUGGAACAUGUUAACAUUCUAUUCAAAUAGUAGUAACAUAUCAACUGUUUCAAAUAACUGUUUCUAAUAGUAAAGAAAAUUAGUAUUUAUGGAGAAUAUAAAGUGCAAGCACUGUGAAGAGCAAAUAUUUAUUAUCAAACUAUGCAUGGAGAGAAAUACCAUUUCUCUCCUCCCUAACUUCAUUUUGUUGUAUUGCAAAUAUUAGUCAAUUACAAUUUUUUUCCUUGAUGACUCUCAUCUAGAGAUUUUAUAGCAUUUUAAAAAUGGUUGAAUUCCACUACUCUCUGAAGUGAUCUCCUAGUCAGUAAUUCAUAUUGAAUGCUUCCAUAUUCAUAAGCAUUUUAUAAAACAGUCAACAGAACCUGAAUGAAAGCAAGCUUUCUACACUAAGCAUAUGAAUGUUAUCCUAGGUUAUUAGUACAACAAACUUAAUCUUGAGAAAUAUAUUUAAUCUCUUUGGGACUUAUUGUUGUUCAUGUGUAAAGAACCUAACCUUGAUUUUUUUUUUUACCAGAGCUUAAAAUAUAACAUGUGCUCAGUUAAUUAACCUUCUCCUUUAUCUCUUCUCUCCCCUUAGAAAUCUAAAUAAGUCUUUUGUUUGUAACUCACUACUCAAUGAGUUUUUACCUGCAGAAAAACAAUAUACUGGACAUUAUUUUAAAAUAUUUUAGGUUUUUCUGUGCUAUAUAAUUUUUAUUACAUUGAUCUAAAACACUUAUUGAUGCAAAACAUUCAAUGAGGUAAUGAAAGCAAGUAAGGUAAUCCUCAGCUGACAAUAAAACAGCAUAAUUUCAGUAAUCUAUAUUGAAUACAUUAAGAAAAUUUAGUUAUUUUUAACAGUUAAUAUACAUUCAUGCAUUUGACUGACUUGGAAACUAAUUUUUGUUUAGAAAGUACCUCUACAACACCAAUCAUCUUUGGUCAGUAUCACAAAAACACGAUUCCUACGUCACUUGAUCUGAAAUCACUACUGUUUAUUAAUAAAGCUAUUCUUAGGGUCUGUCUCAUGAAAUUGAAAUCUCUUAAAAUAAUUUCAAAAAAAGCAUUAUCUUAAUAUAUUUCCUAAGUUAUUUUGUAAGCUAUCUUAUCCUAAGCCACCUGUUCUCAAACACAUAUGACUUAGAAUUUCCUGGGUCUGCCGUUUGAGAAUCAUUUGAAAGAUUAUUUACGAUAUGCAGCUUCAGAUUUUCUGUAUCUGGGAUGGCUGCUGGAAUCUGUGUUUUAAAUAUCUCCCCCAAAAUUUUGUUUUGCUAACAGUUUGAGAUCAGUGUCCUACCUGUAAAAUGGGAAAUAUUCUACACUCAAAUAAUAAGAAAUAAUUGUCUUUCUUUAGUUUAGCUGAAAUCAUACAUCAGUGGAGUAUUCUUCUACUUCAAGAUCCAAGACAUUUUCAAUGCCUAAUUCUUUCAUCCAUGAGCUUACAACUCACUGAUUUUUCUUGUUUUGGGGGGGUUAAGUUAUUUAUAGUCUCCAGGCAUUCUUUCAAGUUGUGAGUGGCUGAUAGCAGUAAUUCUGAAGCCUAGAUAAAUAUUAGGAUCCUCUAGGGAAGCUUUAAUUAUGAGUGGUCUGUCCUCAUUUCCAAAGAUCUGACCCAAAUGGUUUAAGGAAGGAUACAGAGUCUAGAAGUUGUAAAUACUCCACAGGUAAUCUAAUAUGAAGACACUUGUGGGAACCAACACAAACAGCCGUUGGCCUGGGGGAGCUAAAAGGAGAAGAAAAGGUUACACACCUAGAACAAAAUAUUUCUAAUUACCUUUUUAGGUUCUAAUUGUAUUUUUAUGUUUUCAAUGGGAAAGACUGGACAAAGACAAUGACUAGGUUCCUUUAGAAGCACAAAAUCAAAUGACUUUGUGAUCUCUUUAUCCAUUGCAUGUGAUUAAGAAACUGCUUCAGUGGUUCCACCAUCCUUGUCUGAUAGGUAGAAAGGUAAUUUGAAACUGAGCUAUGACAAGAAGUCAUAGCACAUGGAUUUAGAACUAACAGCUGUCUCCUUCACUAGUUGGGUCCAAGUUCCUUGACUUCUCUUAGCCUCAGAUUUUGCAUUUCUGAAGUGAAGGUAACAUAUUUCUUAUGUGCAUUUUUUUGUGGAGACAAAUGGAAUUAUAUUCAAGUGAUUAGAUAAUAAAUGUUCAUUUAUUAUGCUUUAGCUUUAUGGGAGAUAAUUAGGAAGAAUCCACAGCUAUUUCCUUAAUUUCAGUUCUAACACUAAGGAUGUUAAGCAGAUAGCUUAUAAGAAUCACUGCAAAUUUAAACAAGCCAAAGGAAUAAUCUUCAGGAGGAAUGAAACAAAUAUAGUGUGAAAGGGAGUAUUCACGUCUUCUGUAAUUACUAAGUAAUGGAAAGGGUAUGGGGAGCAGCAGAGGUGAUAAAUAAGCAUUGUUUGCAUUACUGAGCACAUGUACCAUUUGUUAAAAUAAUUGGAAUCCAAGCAGGCCUAAUUUGCCCUCACUGUUAUGAGAAAUCAGUAAAUGAAUAGCUUAUAUCCGUUGCUAUAGCUCAAGUCACAGAAUGGAAUAGCAUGAAAGUUCUCUGAUUUUCUGAUAAGGAAAGAAGGCUAGAAAAAGUCAAUAACUUGACUUAGAGAUUAGUUAAUCAAUGUUAGGGAAAAUCAUAACAUCUGCAUCUCCUUUUCCUAGAGUUAAAAAAAAACAAUAAAAGUUACUUUUGAAAAUCUGAGUAUAAAAUCAAUAUACAGGGAUAUAUUUUAUUAGUGGUGCAGAAAUAAAAUAAUUAUUAUUCAAACUGUGAUUGACUACUCCAAUUGCUAAUUGCAUAAUAAAUAGUUCUGACAUGCAUUAUCAGAACUGUUUAUGUACACAAUUUUUAAGUUGUAUCAUGUUAAAACUAAAGGGUAAACUUAAAGAGUCUACAUCUUGUUUGAAAAAAAAGAAUAAUAUCCAAAAUAGCAUUUUAAAAUAAUUCUUAUGUUCAUUUAAAGAACAUUAGAAGUGUUUAUUGCUAGGACAUCAGAAAAAUCCAAAAACAGAAUUAUUGUUAUGAAUUAUCUGGCAACCAAUACUUUUGAAUUAGUUGUGUAUAUAAGAUAUGUACAGUUAGAGCUUGCUGGAAUUUCAUUGUAAAAAAUAAAUACAGGUUUUACCUGAAAAAUUUUAAGGACAGUUUCCACAAAGAGGUAUAUUAACUGUAGUAAUACAGAUGGGUUACAUUCCAUUUUGAUUAAUGAAGGUGCAGGAGAUAGAAAAGCAGGCUUGCAGAAAUGAUACUCAAACACUGAAUUAACAACACAGGACUACUUAGGUGAGAAAUAUGCACGUGCCCGUGUGUCCACAUUCCCAGUCUCAGGUUGGCCUCAUUAGCCCUUUAUUCCCUCAGCUGAGGAAAUUGUGAAGACGCCAUCCUCUGCCAAGGUGAGAUUGCUGGAAGAAGGCCUAUAGGGAGUGGAACAAAUGUCUCCAGGAACUGUAAUGAGGUCAGGCAUUGCGCAGUGAUUUUCCUCUUUAAGAGCCUUUGAGCAAGCCAAGGAUAUCUGGCUGUUUAUGCAAAACUUAAAGCAGUCUUCUUUCAGAUAAUAGAUGACCUGUCUCAAAUAGUUUAUUAUUUUAAAACAAUUAAACGAAAAACCAUCAUAUUUGAGAUUAAAAGCUUACUUUAAAAACUUUCAGCUUAUAGAUGCCCCACAUUCAAAUCAAUGACAGCUCCUGCUCUGUAAGAUUAAUAGUCUACCCAUCCCUGGAAUUGGAUCACAGAGGUUUUAAAACAGAAAAAAAGAGCAAGCAAGUCUGUAUCUAGAUUCAGGUUCACAAACCUGCAGAAAGGAGUAAAGUGUCAACAAGAAAAGAAGUAAACUAAGGAUCAGAGCCCUAGUUCUAGUUUGCACAAACUACUGUGUAAUUUCACCAGCAUUUCUGGGUAACAGAUUUCUCAUCUGGAAGUGGAAGGAGGUGGACUAUAUACUAGAGUUGCCAAGAAUAUCUUAAUACAUCUCUUAGUUGAUUAGAAAUUAUUACUCCAUUUAUCUGACAUGGGGCAUGGGCUGCCACAUAUUCUAGAUUUUUUCUUUCAUUUCUUCCUGCUCCCUACCACGUGGCCCUGUCACUGCUCUAUAAUGUGAACAAUGAGGAAAUGGGAAUCAUGAGAAAUAGAGGAAAGAGGUUAAUAGGUAUUUUCUUCAGGAGCUCUGAUUAAAGAGUUCUGAAAAAUAAAGUUUCAAUAAAGUUCUACAAGUGAAGAGUGGAGAACUUUACAUGUUUCAUCUCAUUCCCUCAAGAACACAAAUAGUGAUAGACAAUAUCAAUACCUAGUAAAAAAAAAUACAACUUAACUCUAAUUUUAAAUAAAACAACUUACACUCAAGUAAGGAAGGGCAAAAUUAUCACAUUAAAAGAAAAUGUGCCAAUUCCAUCCAAUAUGUGAAUUAUAACAUUCAGUAACCUAUAAGCUAUUUGGAUGGUAAUUGUAUGUUUUAUUGUUGUAAAAUAAUUUUGCACUAUUGUAUUGUCAUAUUUAAGCAAACUCUUAAUAUCCUGAAACCUAAUGCCAAAUGUACAGUUUAUAGGUUCAUGUUAUUUCUGAUAAGCAUUCAAUUGCAUUGUGCUAGUAGUUGUUUAAUGCUAUUGACUUUGUGUGUACAAUUGCCAUGCAAACCCAAUAGGGUUGUUGUAAGCACACUAAAUAGUCAUCUGGAUUUUUAUAGAUAAAAUCAUACAUUGACCAGAAAUCACUUUUCUACUUAUUUUUUUGUAGAGUAUUUUUCCACAUUUGAAAAAAAACAUGGAUUAUUUUAUAUCAAACAUCAGCUUUUAUUUAAUAUUGUAUUUUAUUAGCCAGUGCAUGUUUGAAAUAUGAUAGAAAUUAUAUGAUAUUAAUGUUGUGUUUAUAUUAGGUUAAAAUAAAAUGCAUGCAUUUGGUUAGUCAUACAGAUUUGGGAAUAUUUACACUGCCAACUCACACAUGGGCUCCAUAUCAAUCCAUGUGCAUGAUUCAAAAGUCCUUUCUAAACAGUUGGUAAAGUGAAAAUGUCACUAGUGCUUAUGAGCCAAUAGCCAAUGCUACUUUGCAUUUUUCCCAAUUUUGCAGCAUAUUGUGAUAUAUUUUCCCCAUAAAUUUUCUUCUUGGAGUUUAUUGUUGGCAGUAAAAUAAAGCAAAUAAAAUUAUUUGUUGGGAAAUGAUAUAAUUUACUGUACAGAAUCUUAAUAUUAUAAAAGCAUGAAGAUGUGAAAAAAAUACUUAACUAGUUCUAUUCUAUGGACACAAAACUGUGGCAGCUUUUUCCAUAGUCAACAAAGAUAUGUCUCUUUUUACACUGCCAAAGUCAGUACAGUACUACUGCCAGGGAUGGGGAUGGGGCAAGGGAAUACUUGAAGCCAGGUCUGCAUAACACUAAAUUGAAUAGUAACACAAAUAUUCAGGCAGUGUAGACAGCCAGUCACUAUAAUUGGUAGGGGAAAAAAAGUGGACCUAGCCUUUUUUCUUAGUAAUUUAAAUAAUUUUAAAAUUGUAAAAAGGGUAUGAAUUUUGGCUAUAGAGGCAUGCAUUUGCAUGCUGAUAAUUUACAGCAGUCUUUGUGAAUAACAAAAAAAUACUGCAUUCAGAGAAGUUUGUUUUGUUUUGUUUCUAGAAAAUAUACUUGUGCUUUUGAAAGGGCUUAAUUCCAAACAGGUAAUGUGUCUGGACCAAUUACCCCUUCCGAAUGAAUUCACUCACUGAUGAUAAUAUAUUAAGACUAGAACAUAGCUCUUAGUAACUUAAAACACCAAUAUAAGAAUUUACACUGUUGGAAAGUAAUUCCAUUGCUCUAUUAUUAAGACAGUGGGAGUCCUAUUUAUACAUUUAUUUAUUUAUUUAUUUACAGAAGAUUGGUUCCUUCGAGUUCAAUUUUAACAGCUUCAGUGAAGUUAGUAUAAUCAUAAGGAAAUAUGACUCUAGCUACUAUUCCAAGUGAAAAUUAUGCAACUGAGUUUUGCUGCAUCCUGGGAGUUAAGCAGUAAAUCAAAUGAGGAGUAGCCAGUCCUAGCAGUGUGGAGGUCAACUUCACCAACCAAGAUGUUGUGUAUUUGUAACAUACAGCAAAUAUUGAUCUGAACUCAGUUUGCUACCGCAUUGUACCAUUCAUUUAUUCAACUUGUAAAUAACAUAACAUUUUAUGGCAGCUAAUCAAAUGUUUUAAUAAGCCAUGAAAGGCAAAAUGCCAUAGAAAAUCUGUAUAUUCAGCUAUUUGAAGAAUCGUUCAUUCCAAAAAUUAAACUGGAGACACCAUUUGAAAUGUCUUUCCCUUAAAAAGUGCUAUGACAAUAUAGAUUCACACUCAUUGCUGUCUUUCUGAGCUUAUAAAUAUACGGUGUGACUGCUAUAAUUUUGUGAAAUUUUGAUCAGCAGUUAUGGUGACUUCUGCAAUCUGUGCUAAGAUGCCAAGGCAGAAAUACAUGUAUAAAAAAUUUGAACCUGUAUGUGUAAAAAGAAACCUCUUUCUUCGGUUAUUUUUCUUAUAUUCAGUGUAAGUAUCUCACUGAUUUAACACUGGAGUUACUUCUUGGAUGUGAAAAUAAUGAUGUUCUAUUCAGGCCUAAUGAAUUCCUGUAAUGUGAAUAUUUAAAAUAAAAAGAUUUAAUUUGAAUGUACAA